UUGCGGCGGCGGCCGGCGACCAGGCGGUCAUGAGUCGGCCCAGUCGGCUGCAGAGGCAAGUUCUGAGCCUGUACCGAGAGCUGCUGCGCGCCGGGCGGGGAAAACCGGGCGCCGAGGCACGGGUGCGAGCCGAGUUCCGGCAGCACGCCAGCCUCCCGCGCUCCGACGUGCUGCGUAUCGAGUAUCUGUACCGCCGGGGACGGCGCCAGCUGCAGCUGCUACGUUCCGGCCACGCCACGGCCAUGGGUACCUUCGUGCGCCCGCGGGGCCCGACUGAGGAACCCGGCGACACGGCAACCCCAGGGAUCACGCUGGACGGUAGCGAUAGUCCCUGUGAAGGCACAGGGGCACGAGAGACGCGAUCCGACAGACGGUGACAGACCCAGAGAAGGGCCCCUCCGGACAGUUUGGGGGAAGGUCGGGAGCUCAUCUGCUGGAAAGUGAGAUAGAUGUCUUGAGAGGCAGCCGAACUUUCUUGAUGCACAGUGAGAGAUCAGACACUCCCUCGCCAAGAAGGUUCUGGGCAUGCAGUGGCACCGGCCGGCUGCACCAUGUAUGCUGUUCACCCAAAGUCACAAGAGGGCACAGACUCAUCACCUCCUCCCCACGGACGAAUGGGAGCCGAGAUGCCUCUCUUGACUUCUGAGAACACACCCACCCCGCGCUCUUGAGGGCCUGCCCUUUGUUGUUUCUGACGUGGAGAAAAGCAGACUUUCACCUGAGCAAGUUUAAUAAAAUACCCCGAUGAACCGUGAGAAACUCGUA